AAGAUGGCAACCAACGAUCAGCACGGCGAAAACUCGCCGUAUUUUGACGGAUGGAAAUCUUACGACAAAGAUCCUUUCCAUCCCACUAGAAAUCCUCACGGUGUUAUUCAAAUGGGUCUCGCUGAAAACCAGCUGUCGUUUGACUUAGUGGAGGAAUGGAUUAAGAAAAAUCCAAAAGCCUCCAUUUGCACGAGUGAAGGAAUUAAAUUAUUCAGAGACAUUGCGAAUUUCCAAGAUUAUCAUGGCUUGCCGGAAUUUAGAAAGGGUGUAGCCAGGUUUAUGGGAAAAGCAAGAGGUAAUAGGGUUAGCUUUGAUCCGGAGCGGAUUGUGAUGGCCGGAGGAGCCACCGGAGCAAACGAGACGGUCAUGUUCUGCUUGGCCGAUCCUGGGGAUGCAUUCUUGGUUCCUUCACCUUACUAUCCAGCAUUCUUGAGAGACUUGAGGUGGAGGACAGGGGUACAGCUAAUUCCCAUCACAUGCAAAACCUCUGACAACUUCCAGAUCAGCAUUGAAGCACUCCAACAAGCUUACGAAAAUGCAAAAGGUGAAAACGUUAACGUCAAGGGCCUUAUAUUGACAAACCCUUCCAACCCAUUGGGUACCACGUUGGACAGGGAAACCUUGCGGAGCAUUGUGAGUUUCACCAACUCGCACAACCUCCACUUCGUCUCCGACGAGAUCUACGCCGGAACCGUUUUCGCCACCCCAGGCUUCGUCAGCGUCGCCGAGAUCUUGGAAGCUGAGAAGCACUUCAACCGCGACCUCAUCCACAUCGUCUACAGCCUCUCCAAAGAUAUGGGCUUCCCCGGGUUCCGAGUGGGCAUCAUCUACUCCUACAACGACGCCGUCGUCAGCUGCGCCCGGAAGAUGUCGAGCUUUAGCCUCGUGUCCAGCCAGACCCAGCACUUGCUUGCUCUCAUGCUGUCCGACGACGAUUUCGUCGACAGGUUUUUGGCGGAGAGUUCUGAGAGAUUGGGCAAACGCCACAAGCUCUUCACCGGCGGACUCGAACAACUGAACAUCAAGUGCUUGAAAAGCAACGCGGGGUUGUUCUGUUGGAUGGAUUUGCGACCCUUGCUCAAAGAACCCACAUUCGACGCCGAGAUGUCGCUCUGGAGAUUGAUCAUAAACGACGUGAAACUCAACGUCUCGCCGGGGUCAUCGUUUGAGUGCCACGAGCCUGGGUGGUUCCGAGUGUGCUUCGCGAAUAUGGACGACGAAACUGUUGAAAUCGCGCUGUCUAGGAUUCGGAGGUUCGUUGGGAAGGAGAAUCCUAAAACUAAACAAAACGAUGAUGGGAACGAUAAGGCUCAGAAGAAGACCAAGCAGCGAUCAUGGCAAAAGAAUCUACAGCUGAGCUUCUCGAAGAGAAAUACUAUGUACGAUGAAAAUAUUAUGGUGGCGUUGUCCCCUCACUCCCCAAUUCCCCGUUCCCCUCUCGUACUAGCUAGGAACUAGAAAUUAAUACUAUCUAGGUAGCUGCUGGCUAACAAUAUUAUAUUCCACUGUUUCCUAAUGUAGCAUUACCGUAAUUCAUUCAUGUCAAGUUACAUUUCGCAUACUAAUA